AUGGAAGCUCUCAAUUCAUUCAUUCAUUACAUACAGAACCAUCAGUUAGUGGCCAAGGUUAAAGAAAAUUCAUUGGUCCAGAGAGUGAUCCAAUCUGCCUUGUAUACACUUUUGGCUUCCUAUGCCGUGGUUGUACUCACACAAUUACAACUCUUUUACAACACGAUCAUUGCUCCUGUAUUGGCAGGAAAUAAAACCAUCAAGGAACAGUUACAGUUAGCCUACAACGAUUGGGUGAUCGGAAAGCUCCUGAAGAAUGAUCUUGUCCAGAGUUGGUUGAAAUUAUUGAAAGAACAAUAUGAACGCGUCAAGAAGAAUUUGCGAAUUGAAGAUUUCAGCAGUGUGGAUCAAACAUUGUGUACUGUAUCAUCAUGGGUCAGCCAAAACGUCAUUGGAAGAAACGGAUUGGAUGUCUUGCUGAGUACUGUCUUCGAGGAAGCUAAAAAUAACAAUACCUCUAAGAAACUUGUUUGGGUUGAUUAUGGUGCUCAAUCCGAUCUCUCCUUGAUGGCCAACAAGUGUCGUGAUGGCAAUUUGAAGAGUAGUUUUAACAAGAUUUACUUGAUUGCAACAUCCAAGAAGGCUUUAGAGAAGGCUCAACAACAAGCUGCCACUUUGAAUUUGAGUGAUGAUUUGGUUCAAGUCGUGGAACAAGAUCCAGUCUCCUACCGAUUGCCAAAUAAUUUGAAAGCUGAUAUUGUCACUUUGAGCUAUUCAUUGACAAACUCAACAACUUCAUUGAAUUGGAUUGAAUUGUUGGAAAAUAUUAAGACUAAUGUGUUGAAGGAAGAGAAUGGUGUUUUGGGUGUUGCUGACUUGUAUGUUUCAAGAAGAAAGCCAGAAGCUGGAGCAAGACAACACAGUCUCAUCACUCGUGCCUUGUGGCCUUUGUUGUUGAAUUGGGGACUUCAACUCUCUGUGAAUGCUGACCAUUUGCCAUACCUGGAAAAUCAUUUUGACAGUGUUCAUGUUGAGGAAAAUAUGGCAAGAAUUCCUCUCGUUUCUAGUCUCACUUGUGGAAUUGUACGUGUGCCUUAUUACUUGUUUGUUGCCACUACAAAGCAAGAAUAA